GUGCGAAUGUACAUGAAGUUGGUAAUUGGCUUGUUGGGCUCUGUGUUUGGUUUUUUUUCUACUUUAGUGAAGAUGGUUACAUCCUCGUAAACAAAGUUUUGUGGUUUGAAAAGACAAAGCAAAUGUAGUUUUAUCGUCAUAUUAUUUUAAGACCUGUAUUCCUUUAAUUAGUUCCCAUUUCGUGUCUUCAAAAUGUCGUAUCAUUACGUAGUUACUGCUCAUAAACCAACUGCAGUUACAGCAUGUGUCACAGGUAACUUCACUGCGCCAAAUGAUCUGAAUUUGAUCCUUGCCAAGAACACACGCUUGGAGAUUUACCUUGUGACACCAGAAGGUUUGCGUCCUCUGAAGGAAGUGGGCAUCUACGGGAAGGUUGCUGUGAUGAAGUUCUUCAGGCCACCACAUGAGAAGAAAGACCUGCUAUUUUUGGUCACUACGAGGUAUAAUGCCAUGAUCUUGGAAUGCACGGGGAAAGCAGAGAACUUGGAAAUAAUAACAAAGGCGCAUGGAAAUGUGGCAGACCGAAUAGGAAAACCAUCAGAGACCGGGAUUAUUGCAGUUAUUGACCCAGAGGCACGAGUGAUUGGUCUUCGCCUGUAUGAUGGCCUCUUCAAAAUAAUACCACUGGAAAAAGAUAACAAUGAGCUAAAAGCUUCAAGCAUCAGAAUGGAAGAACUCCAAGUUCAGGGUCUUGAAUUUCUACAUGGUUGUGCGAAUCCAACUAUCAUACUUAUCCACCAGGAUCUUAAUGGUCGCCACGUCAAGACACACGAGAUAUCAUUACGAGAGAAAGAAUUUGUGAAGAUUCCGUGGAAACAAGACAAUGUGGAGACAGAAGCUUCAAUGGUAAUUCCUGUACCAGAACCUCUUGGUGGAGCAAUAAUAAUUGGCCAGGAAUCAAUUUUGUAUCAUGAUGGCACAACUUACGUUGCAGUUGCCCCGCCCAUUAUCAAGCAAAGCACUAUAGUGUGUCAUGCACAAGUGGAUCCAAGUGGUGCUCGUUACCUCCUAGGCGAUAUGGCGGGCCAUCUCUUCAUGUUGCUUUUAGAACAGGAGGAGAAGAUGGAUGGCGUAUCAGUUGUGAAGGAUCUCAAAGUUGAGCUGCUCGGUGAGAUCAGCAUCCCGGAGUGCAUCACGUACCUGGACAACGGCGUGUUGUUCAUCGGCAGCCGCCUGGGGGACUCGCAGCUGAUCAAGCUGAGCACCAAGCAGGACGAGGCAGGCUCGUACGUGAUGGUGAUGGAGACGUUCACCAACCUGGCGCCCAUCGUGGACAUGGUGGUGGUGGACCUGGAGCGGCAGGGUCAAGGCCAGCUGGUCACAUGUUCAGGGGCCUACAAGGAAGGUUCGCUCCGCAUAAUACGUAAUGGUAUUGGUAUCCAAGAACAUGCUUCAAUCGAUCUAUCUGGAAUAAAGGGCAUGUGGGCAUUGAGGAUAGGCACGCAAGGCACUUUCGAUAAUGCAUUGGUGCUCACAUUCGUGGCUCUUACCAGGGUGUUGCUGAUAACGGGAGAGGAGGUUGAGGAGAGCGAGGAGAUGGGGUUUGUGGGCGACCAGCACAGCUUCUACUGCGGCAACGUGGAGCAUCAGCAAAUGAUACAAGUGACGCCAGUGUCGGCGCGUCUGGUCUCCAUCCUCACGAAACAGCUCAUUUUCGAGUGGAAACCGCCGUCAGACAAGUCCAUCAGCGUGGCCUCGUGCAACACUUGCCAGCUGGUGUGCGCGAUGGGCUGCGAGGUGUACUACUUGGAGAUCUGCGACGGAGAGCUGGUGCCCAAGGGGCACGUGGUCAUGGAGCACGAGGUGGCAUGUCUGGACAUCACGCCGCUGCAGGAGGGUGUGGCGAGGGCGGAGCUCGUGGCCGUGGGCCUGUGGACCGACAUAUCCGUGCGAGUCCUGCGGUUACCUUCGCUGGAGGAGGUCAACAGGGAGUUUCUAGGAGGAGAAAUAAUUCCUCGCUCUAUAUUGUUGACAUGCUUCGAGAACAACAACUAUCUCUUGUGUGCCUUGGGUGAUGGCUCCAUGUUUUACUUCACCUUGAACAGGCACACUGGCAUUUUGGCAGAUAAAAAGAAGGUAACAUUAGGAACGCAACCUACAGUGCUAAGGACGUUCCGCUCCUUGUCGACGACUAAUGUGUUUGCGUGUUCAGAUCGUCCUACUGUGAUCUAUUCCUCCAAUCACAAGUUGGUGUUUUCAAAUGUCAACCUUAAGGAGGUCCAUCACAUGUGUUCACUUAAUGCUGAAGCUUACACAGACAGCUUAGCCCUUGCCACAGACAGUUCGGUCACUAUCGGCACUAUCGAUGAGAUCCAGAAGCUGCACAUUCGCACAGUUCCCCUGGGAGAGUCCCCGCGGAGGAUAGCGUACCAAGAAACUUCACAGACUUUCGGAGUGUUGACGAUGCGUAUAGAUACACAAGAUCCCACUGGGCUCAUCCCAGUAAGAUCGAGUGCAUCCACAAUGUCGCAGAGCAUCACGUCGUCGAACAACAUGAGCUCUUUGUCUCUCGUCAAACCUGGCGCUCUGGGUAUAAAUCCAGGCACUGAAUUCGGCACAGAAGUGGAGGUUCACAACCUCUUGGUGAUAGACCAGCAUACUUUUGAAGUUCUUCAUGCACAUCAGCUGAUGCAGUGUGAGUACGGGCUGAGUUUGGUCUCAACCAAGCUGGGUGAUGACCCAAACACCUACUACGUAGUAGGCACAGCUCUGGUGAAUCCGGAGGAGAGUGAAUCCAAGCAAGGUCGGAUUCUCAUCUUCCACUAUCACGACAACAAGUUGCAGCAAAUCGCGGAGAAGGAGAUUAAAGGGGCGUGCUACUCCCUCGUCGAGUUCAACGGAAGGCUUCUGGCUAGCAUCAAUAGUACUGUACGUCUGUUUGAAUGGACAGCAGAGAAGGAGUUACGAUUAGAAUGCAGUCAUUUUAACAAUAUCACUGCACUGUACCUGAAAACCAAGGGUGACUUCAUUUUAGUUGGUGAUCUAAUGCGAUCAAUGACGUUAUUGCAGUACAAAACUAUGGAAGGCAGUUUUGAAGAGAUUGCAAGAGACUAUGGACCUAAUUGGAUGACUGCCAUUGAAAUUUUAGAUGAUGAUACAUUUUUAGGAGCAGAAAAUUCAUGCAACUUAUUUGUCUGCCAGAAGGACAGUGCAGCGCCCACGGACGAGGAGAGACAACAGAUGCAAAUAGUGGCAGACUUUCACCUCGGCGACAUGGUGAAUGUGUUUCGCCACGGCUCGCUAGUGAUGCAGCACCUGGGCGAGACGACAGUGCCGAUGACUGGUUGUGUGCUGUUCGGAACAGUUAGUGGCGCAAUUGGACUGGUGACACAGAUUCCUUCGGAGUUUUUUGACUUCCUGCACGAGCUAGAAGAGAAGUUGACACACGUCAUCAAGUCGGUUGGAAAAAUAGACCAUUCAGUGUGGCGCAGCUUUACCACUGACAUUAGGACCGAUGUCAGUGAGGGCUUCGUCGACGGAGACCUUGUCGAGAGCCUUCUGGACCUGUCUCACGAGAAGAUGAAGGAAGUCUCAGUGGGACUUCAGUGGGACACAGGCAGUGGGAUGAAGCAAGACGUGACGGUGGAUGACCUAGUGAAGGUGGUGGAGGACUUGACUAGGAUUCACUGAGUAGAGUUUGUGUGGCUGUUGGUGUACAUCAAUAAUAUGUGUAAUUAAUAAAUACCAAAUGUGUGACUGUU